UCAUACGUCAUUCCUAGCUUUCACGCUUCUUGUCACGAAGGAUGAUUAAGCGAAGAAUUAAUCGGAAGUUGCUUCGCGUAAACGCGAUCCUCUGAAUCCGCGACAGUCCCUUGUGUGUGCGCAAUUAUUCGUAUUAUUUGAGUACCUUGACACGACGCUUUAAUAGUGGAUAAAUGCCCAAAAGAUCGGUAGACAAAUGAGAUUUAAAUAAAGGUAUUGUAGCUUUAGCAAGAUUGAGAUGUGAAAACAUGGAGGAGAAUAAAUAUUGGCUGAGGAAAAGAGUAGGAAAUGUACAUUUUGUGAUAAGGGAAGGGAUAAUUUGAAUCAUUUUGUUAGGAAAUGUGAAAUGACAAAUUAGGAAAUACAGAGCAGAGUAGGAUACAAAAAAUAGGAAUGAAGUUUUAGAUGAUGUUAAAAGGGAUAUAUUGUGAAAUUUUGGAAAGAAAAGGCAAAAAAAUGAAGGAGAGAAAGAAAAGAGGAUAAUUUGAAUCAUUUUGUUAGAGAAUGUGAAAUGACAAAUUAGGAAAUACAGAGCAGAGUAGGAUACAAAAAAUAAGGAAUGAAGCUUUAGACGAUGUUAAAAGAGAUAUAUUGUGAAAUUUUGGAAAGAAAAGCCAAAAAAAUGAAGGAGAGAAAGAAAAGAGGAUAAUUUGAAUCAUUUUGUUAGAGAAUGUGAAAUGACAAAUUAGGAAAUACAGAGCAGAGUAGGAUACAAAAAAUAAGGAAUGAAGCUUUAGACGAUGUUAAAAGAGAUAUAUUGUGAAAUUUUGGAAAGAAAAGCCAAAAAAAUGAAGGAGAGAAAGAAAAGAGAAUAAUUUGAAUCAUUUUGUUAGAGAAUGUGAAAUGACAAAUUAGGAAAUACAGAGCAGAGUAAAAUACAAAAAAAUAAGGAAUGAAGUUUUAGAUAAUGUUAAAAGGGAUAUAUUGUGGAAAUUCUGAAAAAAAAAUGAAGAGAAAGAAAAUAGGAGAAAUGAACCAGACCACGCUGGAGAACGCAAGUCGUUUGCCUUACUUUGACAUUCCUAAUCGUCGGGGUUCUAUUUAUCACGCGCGCCUGGUUCGGAAUACUCGUUCUGAGGGCCCCGAAAGCCGAUAGAUUCGUGGAGGAGCAAAUUGACAAUGCCAAGAUUGCUACGUGGCUACGUCGGGCUCGGAUGUACGCCGAAUCGACGAAGGAGAAUCAGAAUGCGGACAGGAACACAAGUGUCGGUGCAUCGGAACAAUACCACCGCAAUGCAACCAGCCAGGUCAUCGUAUGCUACUACACAAUACCGUGGGACCUGAACACGUCGGGGGAGCUCAGUCCGUCGCACAUUGACCCUCAUAUUUGUACGCAUAUUAUCGUGGGUUUUGCGAGCGUGGUAAACAGCAUGCUCGACAUAGGAGACAAUGCAUGGGUGUACAAGCAGGUGGUCGCUUUAAAGAAUCGCGAACCUAAAUUGAAGGUCAUGAUUAGCGCCGGCGGAAAUAAUGAGCUCCAUGAUGGAUUUUCCGAGAUGGUCAAGACACAUGCAAAUAGAAAAAAAUUUAUAAGAUCAGUAUUAAAUGUAACCAAGACUUAUCAUUUGGACGGCUUCGACGUUGAUUGGGAGUUUCCAGCGUGGAUAGGAGCUGACGAUCGCGAAAAGAUACAUUUUGUGCAGCUAUUACAGGAAUUACGGAAGGAAUUUGAUCGUAGCGGGCAAAAAUUACUCCUGACAGUAGCAGUCGCGGCGCCGCAGGCCAUUGUAGAUCAAAGUUAUAGCGUUCCUGAAAUGGCAGAACACGUCGACUUUGUGAAUCUCAUGUCGUACGAUUAUCAUUUUUAUGUUUGGUACUUCCCAGUUACGGAUCUGAACGCUCCUCUCUUUCCUCGUUGUACAGAAACGGGUUACUUAUCUACAUUAAAUGUGAAUUUCUCUGCUCAAUAUUGGGUGGCCAAAGGGAUGCCACGGGAAAAGAUUGUCGUCGGUAUACCAGCUUACGGUCACUCUUAUCAGCUAGACAAUCCAUCGAAUCACAAUUUACAAGCUCCAGCUAGUGGAUUUGGGAAGCUUGGUACAAAGGGCUUUGUAAAUUAUUCCGCAGUUUGUCAAUUUUUAAAAUCUGGAGCUGUGAGCAUCUUCAAUAAAGAAAGUCGCGUACCGUACACGUUUAAAGACAGAGAAUGGAUAUCUUAUGAUAACGAAGAGAGCAUCUAUUACAAGAGCUCAUGGAUUCGUACAAGUGGCUUCAAGGGAGCCAUGAUUCUAUCUUUAAAUGUUGACGAUUGGAAUGGCACUUGCUACGGUACAAACGAAACUUUUCCUUUGACUCGUACUAUUUCGAAAGGAUUAUUUAAAGAAUCGGACAGUAAGCCACAGAUGUCAAUAGGAUUGUAAUUUCUCAACUAUGCGCACAAUAUCGAUAAACCUAGCUGUUCUCUGAAAGCUUUAAAGUAUUUUACAUUGAAACAAAUGCAUUCCCACGAAAUUGUUACAUUCCUAUCUAAUAUAUUUCUUGAUACUUUAAACUCUACCUUAGUUGCUCAAAGAUUUUUCUGUACAAAUAAGUUGCUAAGGUAUUUAAAGCACAUACAGUAUUAUACAUGCCAUAGUAGAGUGGUGUAGCACUUGUACCUGUAAUUGAGUAAAAUCAAAGACAUUUAUAUACAUGCGUUAAAUUAUAUAUUAUGCGUGAAUUGUAUAUAUUUCCUACGUUGUUAUCAUAUAUUGUUUUCAUAUAUUUCACAAAUAGAUAUCUGAGAUAUCUUGGAUUAGAUUAUAUAGAAGACAAACUUAAAAAAUUAUAUAAUCAAUUUAAAAGAAAAAACGUGCCAUAUAAUUCAAAAUUGUAAGCAUGUAUAACAAGAUCUGUUUUAGAAUAAAGAUCUAAGACUCGCGAAUAAUAAUUUUGCAUUAAUUUUACUGCUAUCUUUAAGUAUUACUUCAAUAAACUAAUAAUUAUCAAUAUGAAAUAUGUUAAAACAUCAAAUUGUGCUAACAUUUACGAAUACAAAAUAUGUGAAAUUACGUUUUUGCUUGAAAAU